CUCUUCUCUCUCUCUCUCUCUGCAUGCGGUCUGUCUUUGGCGCUAAACUUAGCCUCGCUGAUUGCUUCUUAUUCAUCUCCUGAGCAAGAGCGCAGAUGUUGAAAGACUUGGAAUAGCUCAGCAGGCCGUGUGUGGAACAAAGUCACUGCCAGCAUCCUUUCAGUUUCAUUGCUCGUAUUUAAAAUGUAGAAGAAGCUGCCAGUGAUUUGACACCCGCUUUGUGGCGCGGCGACACUCGACAGGUCAACUUUGUCAGUCCUUGUAACCCGUGAAUGUGGCAAUUAAAUGCGCUUUAAUCUCAUCAGUGUGGCUCAAGUCGAGGUCAUAUAGCAGAGUAAGAGCGGACACUUGCGGUGUGCCACAACAUUCUUGUAAAUAGUCAUGAAUGCUCAAGUCCUCGCUUGAUUGGGGUGGUGGGGGGGAUUAAAUAAAAAACUUACAUUGAAAACGCAAUUUGUGUGAGCUGAAUGUUCUGAACUCCUGUUUCGAUGCCAGUGGGUAGAAUGCUACCUGGAGAUCCUUCCAUAGCAAGGAGACAUUUUUUUCAUUUCCAUUCAUUAUUAGAUGCAACCUUGAGGCAAUCAUGCAUUCCUUCUAAAUAUUUCACAUUCUGCACUUCUGCAGUUGUUUGCUUCAGUUUCCUCCAUCCCGGCCUCGUAGAAUGUGAACAGGAACAGGAAGUGGUUGAACCAACACAUUGUCACUUAGAAAAAGAUGAGCAGAUAAAAACUUUGAUAAGAAGAAGAAUUUCCUUCCUAAGUGUGAAGUUUUUUAAUUCUGUCCGGUUAACUAAUGACAUCAUGCGGCUAUUGCCUCAGUUUGUGUGGUUUUCAUCUUCGAAUGCCAUAUUCUGUCGGUGAUAUGCAGUUUUUGUGGCACGGAUAUUCCAUCGCUCGUCACACAUUUUGCAUUGCUCCUAUCACAGCUGCAGAUUUGUGUCACUUUAGCUCAUAUUUAGCCUAUCCAUCACCCCCAAAAUAUGCUAAAAUGUCCUCACAUCACUUUACCUUGAAGCCAAUCUUUAAAAUGUAAUGACGUAUAUCACAAGUACUUUGUUUUGGUCCCCAAACAGAAGGUGGGUCCCACCAAUGCUGCAUUAACAUUUAUGUCCCCCAUCAGACAGGGAAUAUCAGUAGACACACACACUUUGUUGCCCCUUUGAUGAUGACUUUCAUUUUAGAUAUCGGUGGAAGCGGUUGAAUCUCCGCACGUCAGGUUGUGUGUGAGUCCAAGCUUAUCCAUGUCUCCCUCGGCAUCUGAUGGAAGAUAAAGCAUCCACCAGGUUUGCCAUGGUUUCUAGACUGCCCAAGUUUGGCGGGCGUUCUGCGAGUGGCGGCGCCGCCCCCCUGUCCAACGGAUUACCUACCCAGGAUGCCAAGACAACCACUCCUCCUCCUGCAGUAUCACGGCCAAAUGGUGUGAUUCGAACCUCUCCUUUUUCCCUGAAAUGGAAGAAAGAUGAGGGGAUGACCGCCUCCAGUGUCACUGCCCCCACGAGCCCUGUGGAUGGAGGUAAGGAUCAGCCUUCAAGACCACUUUCCGCAUCGGCAAAGGCCCCUGGGACGCCUAUAAUGCGGAGGUCUGGUGCAUUGAUGGUGGCUGCCUCGAGCCCCAAGGCCAUCCCGAAGCAAUCCUUAAAGCUUGGUCCCAAAGAAGGAGCCAAAUUGGGUCAAAGCCCUAUGAACAGAGUACCUAAAACGGACCAGAAUGACUCUGCAAUCUCCGCAGGGUCUGAUUCCCGCCUUGCACGACCCAAGUUGUAUUCCCCAAGAAGCAGCUCCCAAGACAGCCUUUCCCAGUCCAGCGAAAGCUUGAAAACCUUGGCGCUGGACAAGAUGGUGCGCUCAAACAGCUUCACCCACUUCAAGCAGAUUCCUUCUCCCAGCAGCCAGCCAAUGAUACGCUCGUUCUCCUUCACCCGGGCUGUGGAACUGGCCAAACCGCUCACCAACACUCAGCUCAGACCGCCUCGGAGUAGUUUCCUCAAACCUCCACAGCUUAGCAAUGGAAGAUUAAGUUUAGGACCUGGGGGGUUGAAUGUAAGCCAUGCAGGGUCUGGUUCUUCUGGUGGUGGGAUUGGAGCUCUUCAGUAUAGCAGAACCCCUCCUGCUAGCUCCUCUUCAAAUUCUCCAGCGCAGACGACUCCCAGUGCUCUGAAGAAGCCUCUACUCUCCACUUUGAACAAGUCACUGGGAAGCACUAACGGCUCUUUGGGCUACAGGCAGGCGAAACCUGGACAGACCAAGCUGGGAAAGACUUCUUUUCUUCCAGGUUGGCUUAAAGGAGACGUCAAACCUUCGUCUGCCCCUCAAUGUGGAAACCCCUCAAAGAUGGAGAGAGAUGCUGAGCCAGCUGGAAAGGCUGAAGACUCUCAUAAUGGUCAAAGUCCUGCUGACGGAAAAGAAGAGGACAACAAUGGGCCAAUACAAAAGUCAGCAGACCAGGGAGGAGGUGAUGGUCAGGAGGACAUGUCCCUGUCUUCUGCUUCCUCCCUAGACAGAGAGAACACCAGUGAAGAGUUUCUAGACGACUUGGACAGUGUGGGAGAUGUGUUGAGCGAUGGCGAUCUUCAUGAUAACAAGAAGUCUGGCUUUGAUAGUUUUAUCAGCGAGAACUGUGACUGGGAUCUGGCAGACCACGAUGAAGAGAGCCCUAUGCAGGACUCGCAGGGACCGCUUGUGAGGUCUCUAGUGGAGGGUGAUCUCUGCCAGGCUUUAUCCUUGGAGCUGUCACCUUCCAACAGCUCUGGGGGGACCUACAUGUGGGAUGAAGAAGGUCUGGAACCACUUGGAGGACCCGGGACGCAUCCAUGUGAUCUAUACGAUGACUCCGAGCUCAAUAGCAUGGACAUCCUGAACAACCUGCACCCCCCUGGAGCCGGAGAGGUGGACGACGACUCCGAUGAUGACCUCAUGCUGGACAUUGACCUCCCAGAGGACAGCGUGCACGAUGCGGACAGCAUGUCAAACGGCGAAAGCACAGCCCGUCGGCAGGGACAGCGGCGUAAGCAUCAACGCUGGAGUGGACCUGAUGGCUUCGAUGGACGGGCACAUUUCUUCCAGCACUAUGACAGCCUCAAAUCUUCAAAGAUGCCAUCACAGGCCGCCCCCUCUGAAGCGACGCGGCAGGGCUUCACUGCCAUGCUGGAUGAACUCUCGCUGGAACACAUGAGCCAGGACUGCAGCUCGGUCAAGAAGCAGCUGCUCAGGCUGAAAAACCUACUGCAGCUUGAGGAUACAGACUCGCCAGCAGCAGAUGUUGCUGAGGAGAUUGAAAGCAAGACCAACACUACGUCCCAGUUUGAGGAGCUGCUGAAGGAAGUGAACAUGCUGAGAGAAGAAGUGAGGACAAGAGACAAGACCAUUGUUCAGCUCACUCUGCAGUGUCAGCAGCUGCAGCGGCAAAAGCGGGAGCAAAUGCUCGCUCAAGGACGGCAAGUGCGAUGCCAGUGCCACCAGCAGAGGACGCCAUCCAUGCUACGACAGCCCGCCGACAAGCGAACGCAGCACCGCUAUGACAAGGCCACCCAGACACACUGGAGACCUCCCAACCACUCCCUUCAAAUACCUUUCAACCUCAGCGAGCCUUCCCACCAGGCAAGACCAGUAAGAACUCUCACCGAGGGCCGCAGUGACCUAACGAGGGACGCUACCGACGCAGGAGCCCGUUUCGAUGACGACGGUCCUCUUGAUGGCCUCGCGUCAGCACUGGAGCUGAGUCACCUCCUCGGCGCUCACAGAUUAAGCUCAGGGGCUCCAUCGGCAGCUGUGCUGCGCCACCAGGGCGCUCCCACAUCCUUGCAGCCUCCUCGCUGUCACAUAGGCGCGUUGCUUCCUGUCGUCAAGCCGCUCAGACAGUCUUCCCUGAAGCCUUUGGCUUCCAGGAGCAGGCAGCUGCCCCCUCCAUCCCGAGGCCUUCCUUGCUUUCACACCGGCCCCCGGCCUCACCUCCCAAGCCUGUGUCGCACCUCGCCGCUCCAGCCUGGCGGUGCUCACGGUGGAGCUAACUCGGAGAACAGGACGCCUGGUCGCUCGUGUCUCCCCAAGCCAAAGAUUCCCUGAGGAGCUUCCCGCUUAACCAAAAUAGAAACCCCUGUGGACUAGUUUGGAACAUGUAGCAGCAUAUGGACGCACACGGCCUACAUGCACAGGAAGGAGGGAGGCGCUCAUGUCACUUUUAUUCCCCCGCUGCUGUCUAACUUAUUAACUCAAUUUAAAGCUACACUCGUCCUCGCCCGGCCGUGCCCCCCACCGACCUACAUGCACGGAAACAUUAAAGACGGCACAGACAGACGUGACCUUUACUGUGUAGUGCUGAACGGCCCCGCGGGUGAACGACGGAGGCGAGAAAGCAGACAGGCUAAAAGAAAGGAGCCAUAACAGAGAAGGUGGAGAGAGGUGAAGCUCCUGUUGCGGAGAAAUAGGUUAGCUCACUGGACACAACAUUAGGUACACCUGCACACUCUCAUAAUAUCCAAUACUUAAAUUCUGCCAAUCACUGCAGCAUUACUGCAAUUUCCCUGACUUUGUGGAUUAUCUCCAGUCGUUUCGAUUGUAUCUUUCAUGGAAGGUGGCGGCUGUCAUUAUUUGCUUGUGAGGGGAGCCAGGGUUUUGACUUUUGGAUUAUUUUGAGUCUUUCUAUUAGUUUCUGCUAUGAAAUGCGAUGGUAUUACAGCCAUGCUGUGUGCGCAUGCAUGCAGUGGUGCCAAAGAUCAGGGAAGCAGUGUAUAAUAGAACAUCCGAAGGAGUCCAAAGUAAUUCAAAAAGUCAAAACCUGUGCACUCACUCAGAUAAAGACGUGUCAUAUAAUUAAUGUGAUCGCUUUGACUGCCUCGCACAGUAAAUGACAUGCCGUCUUGUAAAUAAGAUAAAUAAAAUAGGACUAUUUAGUUUAGAUAAAGUGCUCAUGGCACCCAAAAAUGUUUGAAAAAAAGCAAUUAAAAAAAAAAGCAAUUUACUUAAUAAAAUGUUUUUGUCACACUGCUUUCAUCUGCCAGCCAACAGCCAUAAAAUGAAGUUGUAUUUAUCCAAGGCCUCUGCCUUUGGAAUCUGCCUCAUUGAAUGCAUCUCUUAACGUCCAAUCAGAUUUAAGAACAAACAACGCAUGAGUGGAUUCCAUCAGUUCUAAAUGCUAUGCAGCACUCUUUGUGUGUCUCGUCGCACUGGUCGUAUUUGAUUUCAAAAACAAUUCAAAAUGCAUUCAUUGUAUUUGUCAAAUGGAAUAGAUUGUUAAAAUGGCAUUUUAUUAGGGACACACUAAGUGCUUAUGACUUGUAAGGACACGAAAAUUUCAAGCCUUCGGAUUUGACUCGACCAGUCUUGUGUUGACUUGAGACCUGACUUGGACUUGCACGUCUUUACUUGAGACCUGACUGGGGACUUGCAGAACACUGCCUUGCUCCCACCUCUUUCAGAAAAUUAUCCUUAAAUGACUUCCGCUGAGCUCUGGCGCUAAAUAGAAAAGAGAGUUAGCUAGUUGUUACUAGUUAGCUAGUUCUUAUUUUGAGUUUCUCAGAUCAUGUGCAUCAAGGAAGGUGGCGGCUAUUGAUUACUUGCAUGGGGAGCGAUCGCAUUCAUGAAAUGACACUUGCUUAUUACGCGCGUGAGCGAGUUUGCCGUGCGUUUUGACUUUUGGAUUAUUUCAAGUGCUUAUUUAUUUUACAAAAUGUCGUUAUCAUGAAGAACUGGCAAGGGAGCAACUGCAGCGCAGUCAUUCUAUGGCCUGGCCCGCCUCUUCCAAUGGUGCCAAAGGCGGGGCAGGACUGACUGAGUGUCCUAAGUCCUCUAAACGGCGAGAGGUUUAUGUUCCGUGGUACCAUCAAACAGCUGCUCUGUGUGCCAAGCCGAGCAAACCCCAAAAAAACAAUAAAUGGUGGAGCUCUUGAGGCUGUUUGGAGAAAAUGCGGCAAACGUGUGUCCAAGUGGAUGAGCGUGAGGCGGAAUACGUUUGUUUGUAGUCCACGGAGUAGCCCUGUCCCCUCUCGGCUGUUGUCACUCAUCGCUUCUUAAUUCCCAGCCAGGAAUCAAUGUAGUCUGUUUGUGUUUGUCAAGACAAACAUGAUGCCAAGGAGAAGAAGAAGAAGCACAAGACGCAGGGGGCCCCUUCCGUGCCGCUGUAAUCUCCAAAUCAAUGUCCUCCUCGGUCACUUUAAGAGUCUGGCCAAUCAGUCUCGUGUAAAGCCAGAAACAAAACACUGCAGCAGCCGUGGAUCAAUUCUCACACAGGGAACUUAUUUAACUUGUUUUUGCAACAGUUUUUUUGUUGUUGUUGAAGCUGCUUUUGCACCAAAAGGAGGGCGUCUGGUUAUGUUGUAUUGCAGCAUUCAGUCGAGUUGAAUAAGACGCCAGCGAGCUAUAAGGUGUUUGUCAUCUUAACCACAAUUUACAGGAAGGCCACCAAGGAGCCUCAAGAGAGACGCAAGCAUAUUUGCACUUUUCAAGCUUUCUUUUUCACCUCAAAUUGGCUGUAGAAGUAAAAUAUUAAAAUAUGUGCACCCAUGACAGCUAUCAUUUUAAAGCCCGCAAUAAAUGAUAGCUUUUAUAAGAAAUGUUGCCAAAAUCACAAAUAUGCCCCCGAGUGGCGGAGGGUAGUGAUAUCAGAAGAGCCAAGUGCUCUGAUCUUUCGGAGGUUUUGUGCCCUUAAAGUCAUGUUUUUGGAUAAAGAUAAUAUGUCAUUCAAAUGUAUCGCAUACAACGAUGGUAAUGUUUUCAUUUAUUUUGAACAUGCAUACAAGUUACAUUGGAAUACAUCGUAGUAAUAGAUCGUAGUACAACUCAGUUCCACGUGUCCAAAAGGGAGCAGGAAGAAGCAAAGCUUAUUUAAUCCUACCCCCUCUCUGUUUCACGUCCUGUAUUCCAAAUGCACUCUUUGCCAAUUUUACUCAAACUAAAUUAAAGUAAAACUAAAUUAAACACUUCAAAUUAAUAAUUAAAGCUCAUUAAAGUAGUUUUUCCAUUAUAUAUUACUAUUUUGUGAAUUUAAAAAAAAUGUUUGAUACGGACAUGACAUACACACGUACAUUUUUAUAUUAAUAUAUACUAAAAUGAACAAUUGAAAUGAAAUUUAAUUUUAACUUAAUUAAAAAAUAUGUAUUCAUACAUUAGAAUACAUUUUUCAACUUAUUUUCAACAUUAAAGUAAAAGUUUCAACAUUUCAACAUAAAAAACCCUUCUCACUGCUGCCUCUUGUGACCUUAACAAGUACCACAACCCAUAGACUCAUUCCAUCCAUUGACUUUGACGUAAAAUGGAAAGCUUGAAAUGUUUGUGGGAGUAAAUCAAUUUUUGCUUUGUGUGAAAAUGUAAAAGUAAUGACACAGUAAUGGCUUAUUACAUGUCGGAUGCGGUGGACAGUGCAAUAUUGUGACUGUUAAAGCAAAAUUAUCCUAACUUGAUGCACUUUAAAUGACUGUGGAUCAUUUCUAUGCUAUUCAGAAGCUGUGGCAGCACAUGAGAGGCCAUAAGUGUGUCAGUGCUGAUCAUUGAUGUCCACGUUGGACACGUGAAGGACAUUCUCCGCUGUAUUCCACCUCUAUGGUUGUAUUACUGUGGAAAUAAACGUGUGAUUGAUAAACUUUUAUUGACUUUUUGAUUUUCUACUCGCAUGUUGAGCUUGGAAAAGAAGCUGAAAACCGGACCCCUUAACUGAACUCCUUUUUUGUCUUUGAAUUGAGCCAACUUUUUGAGAAAAGGCUUUAUCUGCCCGCUGCAUCUGGAACCAAAAGUCCCGGUCCGCUUCCUCCAGCAAUCCUUUCAAAUAUUAACAAACGCUGCAGGCAAGACGGUCCAAUCCUCUCCAAGCUGGAGAGGGUGGGUUGUGGUUGUGGUCGGCGGGGAGAGGGUUGGUGUCUGUACAACAUCUGAUUGUACACCGUGGACUGCUUUGAGUUGAGGUUGGGAAUGGAGUCUGGGUUAGGUUUCAUAUUUUGAUUCGUGAAAACCAGGACACUCGGCCUGGCAUUGAGAUACUCAGAUGAUAUUUUACUCAAAGAUAUAUUAAAUUACAAAAUACUAUCCAUCAACAGAGACUGCUGGAAGAUCUGCGUUCAAAUCUCAGUUGGACAUCUCUGUGUGGAGUUUGCAUGUUC